AUGACCUCCACCACCAACGGCACCAACAAAACCCCCCUCCGCAUCGUCGUCGGCAGCGACAACGCAGGACACACCUACAAAGCCGCGCUCAAGGACGUCCUUUCCAAACACGCAGGGGUCACCCAAGUCCUGGACGUGGGCGUGGUCGACGCCGACGACGCCACAGCAUACCCGCACCUCGCCGUGGACGCCUGCAAGAAAAUCAAGGCCGGAGAAGCCGACCGCGCGUUACUCAUCUGCGGCACCGGCCUGGGGGUGGCCAUCUCGGCGAACAAAGUCGAGGGGAUCCGCGCCGUGACGGCGCACGAUCCGUACAGUGUCGAGCGGGCCGUGCUGUCGAAUAAUGCGCAGGUGCUGUGUUUCGGGCAGCGCGUGAUCGGGCUGGAGUUGGCCAAGAAGUUGGUGGAUGAGUGGGUGGAGUUGCGGUUUGAUGAGCAGAGCCCGAGUGCUGAGAAGGUGGCGCAUAUUUCCAAGUAUGAGGAGAAGUUUGGGGAGUUGUGA